CUCGACACGAACUUCGACGCUCAAGUUCCAGACUGCAUUAAAAUUCACAAAAAGCUUCAGCCGUUUUAUGAACGAAAAUACGGAAAGAUAUCAGCUGCGUUUGUUUGUUUGUUUUUUUUUUCUUUUCUUUUCCUUCCCACAAAGGGCGCAUUUGUUGAGGACGACGUUCAAGUUAUGGACUAAAAACGGUGCCGUUGUUUUUAUCCCAGCAUGGACAGUUUCUUCAAGGCAGCUGUGUGUGACCUGGACAAGCUGCUUGAUGAUUUUGAGCUCAAUCCUGAGGAACAUGAAUGCAAAUCUGUCUUCCUGAAGACCUCGACUUACCCCUUCACCUCACUGGGACCUCAGUGUUUGACCUCAGAGGUGUCCACUGCCCCAAAGAACCUCCCUGAUCUUAAUUCUCUUCAUUAUGGCUCUCCCACAAGCUGUUCUGACAUCACCCCCAGUCAUGACCAAAACACUGAUGACAGAGAGACCAAAGGUCAACCUCUCACUGGAGUGGACCUUCUGUCCUCCUUGGAUCAGAGGCCAAUGAAAAGUUCAGCACCUCCCUGCCCAGAUCGUGCUCUUAAGCCUGUGUGUGACCUUGUGAAUGACACAAGCUCUGCCAUCCUGAUCAGGGCCAGUAGCCAUGAUGUGUUCAGUGAGCUGGAUUUGGCAGAAAAGCAGAUGGAGCAGGAGGCACUGCUUGUGGACUUUGACAGCCCUGUGGUUACUGUGGGGGGCGUAAGCCUGGGAGCUGGUUGUAGUGAUACGAAGGAAGAACAAGUUUCUGCUGUGAAAGACCAACUGCUGGAUCUUGAUUCGGAGGAGCAAGUGUCCGGAUGCACGGCCUCAUUCAGUCUACUGGAUGUCAUUCUUCCUGCAGCAGUGGAGCGCAGCUGUGAGCUCCCGGGUGUUUUACAUUCACCAAAGACCACAGAGUCUGCUGACACAGUAGAAAAGGAUCAUCAGGAAGGAGUCGAGCUAAACCAGUUGGUGGAUAAUGCCACAGCUCAUUGUGACCAGGAUGACAUCCUGCCUGCUGACAGCACUAAAACCUCUCUACCAUCCUCCUUGGAUCUCAGUGAGACAGAGUCUUCUGCAGGUUCCAAUUCAAGAUCCACAGAUGGCAGUCCGGUUGGCUUGUCAUGCCUUCCCAUAGCUGUAUCCAUGUGCAGAGCUGUCAUGAACCCAGAGUCCAGAGAAGCUGAGUCUGGCCAGUGUGAUAAAGAAGAAAUACAUGAAAUCACAGAGGCAGAAGCUGGUUCCUCUUUACAUCAGAGUGUUAACUCAGAAGUGUCUCAAGCACAGCAGAUUACAGAAGACAGGGAGUCACCAGAAGGACAACAUCACUGUGUAGGAUCUCUUCCUACGCCUUCUGCAGACCAUGCCUCCUCUACACAAUCAGAAACCAGCCCCAUCGAACCACCUGGCCACUUAGAACCCAGGCCAGGUCACCCACAGGACCACUCGGAACCCAUCCCAGUUCACACACAGGACCACUCAGAACCCAUCGCAGUUGACCCACCUGAUUUUGGUUUUGAGUAUCUCCCUGAGAGCGACCAGGCCGGGAUGCUGGUUACAGAUGAAGAGUUAGAUGCAUUCUUGCAGAGCCACACUGAGGCAGAGCAAAGUAAAGGUGUCUCUUACUGCUUCAGCUCUGGAGAGUUUAGACAAGCUAUUUGUGGACUUGCAGAAUCAGAUGGGGAUUUGGAAGACAGACUUGCAGAAGAAGAGCUGAGGAACUCUGGCCAUGACGCGCAGGAGGAGCUAGAGGGUCUGGCUUCACCAGAGAGUGACAGGAUGAUUUGUGUGUCUGCUGAGGACAGUUUGAUCCUUGGGGCUCAAGCUUCAGCACAGGAAUCUUGUCAUACGGUUCAUUUAGAAUCAGAUCUUUCUUCUAGGGGUAGCCAUUCCUUCAGCAGCAACAGUUUCCAGUCUCAGCAGAGUGGUAGCCCAGAUCAGAAACACUCCUGUGGAGGUGCUCGACCGAAACAGCUCCACUGCCAGACUUCUAGAUCGCUACCAGUGGGAGAGGAACCUCCUCAGACACUCUAUGAUUUUCCCCAAGAGCCAAGUACAGCAGAGGAUGAUCAAACCUCACUCACAAGCCCAGAUUGUACAGGGGCGCUUUCCAAAGUGACAGACUCUGUCCCCAUAUAUGCUGCUCAGGAGAGUCAGGAUUAUAGUGUGGGAUAUGAUGAACUCUCAGAGCCCCCAGUUUAUCCCGGGGAGGCCCACAGAGACAAUGUCUGGUCUGGGGAUGGAAAGAAAGGCGAGGUGCAGCAACUGGGGAGCAGACAACCUGCUUGGGUGCCAGACUCUGAAGCUCCCAAAUGUAUGAACUGCACACAGAGAUUCACUUUCACCAAAAGGAGACAUCACUGCCGAGCCUGUGGGAAGGUUUAUUGUGCUGUUUGCUGCAGCAGGAAAUGUAUGCUGAAGUACCUGGAAAAAGAAGCCCGGGUAUGUGUCGUCUGCUUUGAAGAGCCAUACAGAGAAGUAACUCAGGCCCUAGAGCGGAUGAUGAGUCCUACGGGUCCCAGCCCAAACCCCAACGUACCAUCUGAGUACUGCAACACCAUCCCCCCUUUGCAGCAAGCUCACGCCGCAGGCAUUCUUAACUCUCCUCCGCCUACUGUCAUGGUGCCCGUGUCUGUUCUCAAACACCCAAGCAGCGACAGUUGUCCGCGUGAACAGAAGCGGGUGUGGUUUGCUGAUGGCAUCUUGCCCAAUGGAGAGGUGGCAGACACGACCAAACUGUCAGUGGUGAGCCAAAGGAGCCCCCAGGAGUUCAGUGGUGUUGCCCUAGAUCCACCAAACCCUAGUUCUGCUGGCCCAGACACGGGGAUGGGUGGCCCAUCUGAUCCAGCAUUUUCUGGGAACAACGAGAUGGUCCAACCUCCAGCUUCUGGUCCUUGGGAUUAUGCGUUGCUUUCUGGGCUCAGUUCUUCUGUGAGCAGAAUUCCCAGCCUACUUCCAGAAAGUGAGGAUGAGCUCCCCCCUCUGCUCAUCACUACGGGAGAAGAUGAAGCAGGAGACAUAUUAGUUGAGGAAAGUCCCGCCCUGUGCCAAAUUCAGCACUUAUUGGAGGAAGGAGGACCCCGCCCUUUGACCUUUGUUCUAAAUGUCAACCUGCUAGUUAAUGUCAAGCUGGUGACAUAUUGCGGUCGUCGGUGCUGGUUUUACGGCUCGAAUGGGCUGCGAGCUCUCGGACAGAAGGAGUUGUUUUUUCUGUUGGAGAGUUUGCCAGUGGAAAAAACUCUGCCCAGAGACUUCUUCACAUUCUAUCUCAGCGUUUACCAUGACGCUCAAAAAGGGAAGUUCUUGGAGGAACUGGACAAUGUGACAUUCACGGGCAGUUUCCUGGGCAGUAAGGAUCACGCCGGCGUGCUCUUCUUCUCUCCCACCUGUCAGCCUCUUGAGGACAUCGCUCUCCCUCCUCAACCUUUCCUGAUUGGUCUGCUAAUCCACAAAUUGGAAGUACCCUGGGCCAAAGUGUUUCCACUCAGGCUGCUUCUGCGGCUUGGAGCUGAAUAUGACGUGUAUCCUACAACGCUGGUUAGUGUGCGCUUCAGGGACUCUGUCUAUCAGGAGACGGGACACACCAUUAUGAAUCUGCUUGCUGACCUAAGGAACUACCAGUACAGUCUUUCAGCUGUAGCAGGCCUGAGGAUCCACAUGGAAGUGGGCCAUAGCUAUAUUGACAUUCCUAAAAGUAGUUUUAAUGAGAUGUUGAAGGUGGUAAAUGUUGCUAAUGAGCACGUCAUUAGUGUUGGAGCAAGUUUCAGCUCUGAAGCCGACUCCCAUCUAGUGUGUUUCCAGAAUGAGGAGGGCAACUAUCAGACUCAGGCCACCAGCAAGCCUGGAAAGACCCGUACAGUGACCGGUGCCAGUUUUGUGGUCUUCAAUGGGGCACUGAAGGCCUCCUCGGGAUUAACUGCCAAAUCCAGCAUUGUUGAAGAUGGGUUGAUGGUUCAAAUUCCUCCAGAGACUAUGGAGUGUCUACGCACAGCACUGAGGGAGCAGACAGACUUCCACAUACCAUGUGAAAAUGAUGCAGGGGAGCUGAGAGAAAAUGUCACGGUCCGCUGGUUAGACUGGACUGAACCUGUCAACAUGGGCAGAAGGAGUGGUGUUGAUGGGAGACCUUUGGACGGAGUCCACAGUGUGAGGAUUCAGCAGGACGCUGAGUUUCCCUCAGACGGAUUCAGCAUCCGAUGCACUGAGGUUUUCUACCAGCCGAAGACUCCGGAGUACAGCCUGUCAGCAGUGCUGGCUUCCUGCAGCGUGUUCCAGAAGGAGAUCGCUCUCGCUGCCUGCUGUGCUCUGACUCCUCACCUCGCUGUUCUGACCUCCAGUGGCAUCAACUCGCUCUCCCUUCGUGUGUCCACACACACUGACAUGGUGGAGUACCAGGCUGGUUGUGACGGCAGGCUCCUCCCUCAGCACUACAUGAACCAGCUGGACAGCUCCCUGAUCCCUGUUAUCCACGGAGGUAGUGCCGGUGUACCGCAGACCGCCAUGGACAUGGAGUUCCUCCUGUACAUCACACACACCAUCUAACGUGCGUGCCGGCCAUGAUGCACCUCAGGAGCUGUUGAUUGUGGCUGGACAUAUGAAUGCAGCCCGGUCACUGCUGG